UUAGCGCAGAUGUUUAUCGGCUUUCUAUCUAAGCUCAAGCUAAAGCAAGGCUGCUAUCACCAUGGUCGUCGGAUAUAUUUCUCUCAUAUCUAACCAUACAACGACGAGGCUAACAGAGAGUGAAAGCAGAAACGAAUUGACGUGAUGGAUGUGGGAAAAAUCUCUUCUGCUGAUGCUGCUCUGCACAAAAUGAUGUGCUGUUCCAUUCUUGGGGCUGCUCAAAGCUGCCUCCUUUUGCUUCUUAUCAUGACUGGGACCCUGCUCGAUGGUACAGACGUUGUUCCAUCCCUGAUGAAUAGAAGAUUCCCAUUCGGUGAUCUUAAAAAAGACACUGAGACGGAGGAGAACAAAGAUUUUGGUGAGAGUGACGACGAUGAUGAUGAAGACAACGAAGCCAGUGAUGACGAUGACAGUGAUGAGGACGACGAUGAUUACUCUGGAGAUGGGGGUGAUGACGAUGAUGUAGACUCUGAUGAUGAGGUUGAGCACAAUGGUAAUGCAGGGAGUGAAGAGGACGAUGAUAGCGAUGACGACGGAGAUGAUGAUGGAGGUGACAGCGAUGAUGACGACGAUGACGAUGACGACAGUGAGGAUGAUGAAGAUGAAGAGAAACGUCCAUCGAAGAAGAAGAAGUGAGAUGUUAGGUCUCUGUUUCGGUUUCAGCUAUAGCAAGUAGCAUUUUUAAAUGGUACUCUGUUUUGGUCAUAUUGACUGAAAUUAUGUUGUUUGGUUUAUUUUAGUUACUUUGGUAUUCGACAUUACUCCAUUUCAUUGGAGAGUGAAUUGUAACAUGUUAUAUGACAUGUUACUAUCUAUAAAUUAAAUUAUCAAUUUUACA